GCUGUCAUGUCUUUCUCUGGAAAGUACCAGCUGGAGUCUCAGGAGAACUUUGAGCCUUUCAUGAAGGCCAUUGGUCUCCCUGAUGAACUCAUCCAGAAAGGCAAAGACAUAAAGAGCGUCUCUGAGAUUGAGGAGAAUGGUAACAACUUCAAAGUGACGGUCACCACCGGCUCAAAGGUCCUCGUGAAUACCUUCACCAUUGGACAGGAGGCAGAGCUGGAGACAGUCACUGGGGAGAAGGUCAAGGCCGUGGUUCAGCGUGAUGGCAACAAGCUGAAGGUCUCCCUGAAGGGAAUCGAGUCAGUCACAGAACUAGUGGACUCACUCACAAUUGUCAAUACUAUGACUGUUGGUGGCAUUGUGUACAAGAGGACAAGCAAACGCAUUUAAUGUCUGCACUUGGGAUAAUAAAACGUCAAAAAGGCA